AUGAAGGAGUGCAGCCUUGGUCCGGAUAAUUUCAUUCUCAACUCGCUCAAAAGAUAUGCAAAGUAUCAUGAGCUGCACGGAGGUGAUGAGGAACUUAGGAAGUUGAACUAUAGUGACAUGGUAAACAAAUAUUACGAUCUUGUAACCAGCUUCACUGAAUACCACUGGGGUCAAUCAUUCCAUUUCGCCCCAAGAUGGCAUGGUGAAACUCUUCGUGAAAGCAUCAAGAGAUUUGAGCAUUUUAUUGCCCUUCAAUUGGGGCUCAAGAAGGGGAUGAAGGUCCUGGAUGUUGGAUGUGGAAUUGGGGGACCCUUAAGAGAAAUCGCCAGAUUCAGCUCAACAGAGAUAACUGGGUUGAACAACAAUGCUUACCAGAUAUCAAGGGGCAAGGAGCUCAUUUCUUUGGCAAGUUUGAGUGACCAGUGUAACUUUAUAAAGGGAGACUUCAUGAACAUGCCUUUCCCUGAUAACACCUUUGAUGCAGCCUAUGCAAUUGAGGCCACAAUUCAUGCACCUGAUGCACUAGGCGCCUAUAGGGAGAUAUACAGAGUGCUGAAACCAGGCCAGUAUUUUGCACUAGAUGAACUGUGCUUGACUGAUAAGUUUGAUCCAAACAACACUAAACAUAGGGACAUCAAGGCAGAAAUUGAGCUUGGUUGUGGCCGGCCUGAUAUCCGUAGCACUCGCGAGUGCAUCCAAGCGAUGAAAGAUGCAGGGUUCGAAGUUAUCUUGGCGAAGGAUCUUGCUGAGGAGUCCGAGUGCCCUUGGUACCAUGAAUUAGAUCCUGGCUAUUUCACAUUGAAGAGCAUUAGUAACUCGCGCGUCGGACACCUCCUUACUCGUGCAAUUGUUGGCACACUUGAGUUCCUCCGUAUUGCCCCCAAAGGCUGCAAUAGACUGUUCAGCAUCCUGCAGACUGCCUCCCACGGCAUGUUGACGUGCAGCCGGGAACAGAUUUUUACGGUGACCUUCUUUGUCAUGGGCCGGAAACUUCUCAAGGAUAACGAAAUUGAAAGUAGCCUACAAUAA